AUGAAGGAGUUCGAAUACAAUGUGCUUCCAAGCCGAGUCAUCUUCGGCUCUGGCAGUGUCAAGAAGCUCCCAGACGAAAUCAAGCGCCUCAAUGUAUCUCGACCACUUCUUCUCUCCACGCCCGGGAAGAGUAACUACACAAAUCAACUCUCCGACAUUCUUCAGGCUGCAUCUAUUGCUGUCGCCGGCACCUUUCCACACGCAAAACAACACACGCCAGCCUCUGUAACUGAAGAAGCGACCGCCGUUCUUAACUCGAUAGAGGCCGAUUGCGUAGUUUCCAUUGGCGGCGGAUCGGUAGUUGGACUGGGCAAGGCUGUCUCUAUUCGCACAGGCGUGCCUCAUAUCAGCAUACCCACGACUUACUCGGGCUCAGAAAUGACACCUAUUCUUGGCGAAACACAAGAUGGCAAGAAGACAACUCGGUCAGAUCCGAAAAUCCUGCCCGCGGUUGUCAUUUAUGAUGCAGACUUCACGAUGACGCUACCACCCGCAAUAUGUAGUACUUCCGGCAUCAACGCAAUCGCUCAUGCAGUAGAGGCACUUUACGCCAAAAAUGCCAACCCAAUCACUUCCAUGCUUGCGCUCGAGGGAAUAAAGGCACUGGCAGAAUCAUUACCGCAAAUCGUUCUGGAUCCAAAGUCCAGAUCUCCAAGGGAUCAAGCACUAUACGGCGCCUGGCUCUGCGGUACCGUCUUGGGAAGUUCGUCAAUGGGACUUCAUCACAAGCUUUGCCAUGUACUUGGAGGAUCAUUUUCUCUCCCUCACGCAGAGACACACACCAUCGUUCUUCCGCAUGCGUUGUCGUAUAACGCACCUGCGAUCCCGGAGCAGAUGGCCAAGUUGGCUAUCGUUCUCCCCGGAAGUAAUGGAGAUGCGCUGACGGGCCUGGAGCUGCUACUGGAAAAGCUACAGGUGCCACGGGCGUUGAAGGACUUUGGAAUGAAGGAGAGUGAUAUCGACAAAGCGACUGAAAUUGCUACCGGUAACCAGUAUCCUAAUCCCCGAGAGCUAGAGCCGGAAUGGAUUCGCGAACUGAUAAGACGGGCUUGGGCUGGGGAGGCUCCCAAGGCAAAUCUAUGCAGUAAAUAA